AGCUCAAUAUAAACUCCUUUUAACCCGCUUUAAAGUCAACUUUGGGUCAAAUAUGUUAGUCCCGUUAACGAAAUAUUUGUUGGCGUCCAUCUGAGGCAGACAGAGAUCAAAUAAACGCUGUCUGGAGCUGUGAAAAAGCGGCUUUGAAGGCUCUGCGCCCCCCAUCUCAACAUGACACUCGCCGCUGCUGACGUCACCGAGCCAUCUUUGUCCACCUAAUCCAGGCUGUUUGUUCCACCUUCAUCAGACCCGGACAGCGCCAGGCUCCGAGCUCAGGUGCCGCAGACAGAGCAGCCCCAUCUAAGAAGGACGACGGAGAAGAGCAAACAGCCAGGAAGAGGAGGCUCUCGACUGGGAAACAAAGUCGUGCUCCUCCGCGGAGAGAUAACCACACGAUAACCAAACCCACGGCUGCCAGAGGGUAGAGAGGAGCGCUCAAUCCGCGGCCAUCUGCCAGCCACUUACGCCCGCUAAUAUUUCCACCUCGGAUUUCAGCCCAGCUGUCCCGCUAAUACUGCCAGGAAAAUGUCUGCCCCAGCUGCCCCUGCACCAGAGGGAGGGAGUCAGGCCCCUCCCAACCUCACCAGCAACCGCCGUCUCCAGCAGACGCAGGCGCAGGUGGACGAGGUGGUGGAUAUCAUGCGUGUGAACGUGGAUAAGGUUCUGGAGCGUGACCAGAAGCUGUCAGAGCUGGACGACAGGGCCGACGCCCUGCAGGCUGGAGCCUCUCAGUUUGAGACCAGCGCUGCAAAACUGAAGAAUAAGUACUGGUGGAAGAACGCCAAGAUGAUGAUUAUCCUGGGUGUGAUAUGCGUGAUUAUCCUCAUUAUCAUUAUUGUGUACUUCAGUACCUAAGAAGAGUCGCUCCUACCCCAGUCUGAUCCCAGCUUACUUGCUACAGAAAAAACCCCAACCAAACCCCUUCAAUCGACGACAAAUUUAACCACAGAUGAUGAAUUAAUUCUAUGUACGUAUACCCCCCCCAAGUUAGCCUCCAUAUAACCCCCCCGUAGGCCCUUCAGGGCCCCCGUGGCUCCCCCACUUCCACCACCUUCUCAAUAAUUGUUCUGUGAGUGUGCCCCCCCCCCCCCUCCACUGCCUUCUUUCUGGGUACUCUUGGCUUUUCUAACCUGCCAUGCUGAGAACCAAGCACCUGUGAUGACGCAACAGCAGAGGCGGAGACAAUUGGCGAUAAUUGUUCCAUAACUGAUUCUGAUAGUUCUUUGUAGACUAUUAUUCUGAUAUAUAAUGUUUUGUAGGUGUGUGUGUGUGUGUGUGCGUGCGUGCGUGCGUUGAUUUUGUACUUUUUAAUUUUGGGUUUAUUUACUUGUAUGCUUCAGCGUAAACUACUGCCUAUGAAUAGAAGUGUGUAUCAUGCAUGAUUCCAUCCCCCUGUGUUUUGCACAGAGGAAUUCCAAUCCAUCUGAGGAGUUUUCCGACGGCAACACAGCUGUCAAGAUUCCAAAAGAACCCAGGAGGCUGAAACUGGGGUUUAAAAAAACAAACAGAAAAGAUUGAAACCUUAAAAACACACCAGAAAACUCAAGUUUCUCUUUCCCCCUGCUUGAAACGCUCAACGUUCCAACCCUCACGAGGGUUGAACUCCAGCGACCGUCGAUCGGUUUCUUUUCCCGUCAUCCGAGCGGAAUUUGGAGUCUCUCGAACAUCUGUAGUGUCUUUAUACGGCCUAUGGGGGGCGCUGUCUGGGCAUGCUUGGGCGCCGCAGUCUCUAAUGAUUUAAACUGCCAUAGUAGAGUUGGACCAAUGUCUGUAGAUGUUGCUUUGAUUUCACUGUUAACGUAGUGUCUUAUUUCGAGAACAUUCCUUCAUUGCAGUCUAGUGCAGAUGCUGUUUCUGUAGCACAUAGAGGGGUCAGAGAUGUUGGUUAUGCAAACAGAGGAGGAGAAGGUGUGGUCUAUAGAUGAGCUUUCAAACUCCCCAAACCCUUUUUUAUGCAUUUAUUUCUUGUUGCUUUAGUACUUUUACACACAUGAGCGGGUGGAGAAAAGCGGUCCGGUCUGAAGCCUGAAGCAGAAACGACGUAUCACCAAUUCCCGUAGAGCGGAGCAGACGCACAAGCCUUAGUCCUCGGGUCACUUCUUGGUUUCCAGUCAAACGCCGCCACCACGCCCCUUUUAAACACUUUUAGAUUGUGCGUUGGAGGAGUGUCAAAUGCACAUUUGUUUUGGAUGGCAGCUGCCAAAGGAAAUAAUGCAACCCUCCACAAUAAGAGCACAUCGGACUAAAACAAAAAACAGUUUAAUCUUUAAAUCCCAAAA